CGCCCUGAGUCCUACUACGCCAUUUUCCUGCGACUGAGCAGCCCGGCGGGAUUGUGGGGCUGCUUUCCUCCAGCUAGAAACCGGCGACAGGCUGGUUGGUCGUCGCUUGCGCCCUUACACCUGGAGCUGAGCAGGAAUCGGCGAGAUGACCGACCGCUACACCAUCCACAGCCAGCUUGAGCACCUGCAGUCCAAGUACAUCGGCACGGGCCACGCCGACACCACCAAGUGGGAGUGGUUGGUGAACCAGCACCGCGACUCGUACUGCUCGUACAUGGGCCACUUCGACCUCCUCAACUACUUCGCCAUUGCGGAGAAUGAGAGCAAAGCGCGGGUGCGCUUCAACCUGAUGGAGAAGAUGCUGCAGCCCUGCGGACCGCCCGCCGACAAGCCCGAGGACAACUGAGACCCUGCCCUGACGCCGCUGCGCGGGAGCGCUCCUCCCCGCGUCCCUCCGGUGUGCAAUCGUUCCCAGCGUGUCCCCGACUUCGGGGGACCGAUUCCCCUUGACUGUUGUUUCUCGCGCUCUCCGUGUACAGAAGUGUCCCGCCUGACCUGUCUUCGCGCGGACCCUUCGGAACAUGGCAUUCGGAGACCACUUGGACCCGGGAGAACUGCGUCUGGAGAGAUCCCAGAGCCCGCAAGCGUUAGAGAAGACGGCGUUGGAGUGAGACAGGAUUUGGAAGCUCGUUUUUUGGCUAAUUGUUUCUCUCUUAUUUUUAUUUUUCAUAAAAUUUAAAAAUUUGUUUCCUGGUGUGUACUGCUUGUGUUCGUUUGGAAGGGUCUGGGGAGGGUGUUGAGUACCAAGGUUUGUGAGCGUCCGUACUGGAGACUGGUGGCAGCGAGGACGGUAGCACAUGGCCGACGAUCGUUCCCAGGCGUUUAAAUCUGUCCUGCACACUCAUAACUUUUUCCCACCCUGACUUCCGUCCAGAGGUUUUGUUGGUUUGUUUUUGUUUCUGAGGCCCACAUGCCUUCAGUAUUGAGGUUUGUGACUGUUAUAUUGCACCUUUUUCCUUUCAUUUUAAAAGUAUUUGCCGUCAUAGCCCUAUCUUUCUCCUGGGAGUUUAUACCUGUCUUCAGAAGUGACAAGCAAACAAGCACUUUCAUACAUAUAUCCAAUAUUUGUUGAGCUCCGUUUUGCAUUUUUUUUUUCAGGCUUUUGGGACUUGUGUCAUGCUGGUGGUGGGGGGAGGUGGAGGCCAAACCAACUGUAGCUACAAUAUGUAAAUGUUAGACGAUAAUCGGGAGAGAGAUGUUCUGCUGGGGAAGGAGUGUCAGGUUAGGGUUGCAG